AUGACUUCCGAAUUAUCUCCCGCCGCAGUUCAAGUCUUAGAGUCUGGGAUAUCAAGCUCCCCUCAAGUUGAGCACAGACUGGCACUUUUACGGAAAUGGAAGAUUCCUCAAGGCUCGAAAGUUCUUGAAAUUGGAUGUGGGCAAGGUGACUGUACCAUUCUACUCGCCGAUCUGGUAGGGGAGAACGGGCAUGUCACGGCUAUUGAUCCAGCCUCACUAGAUUAUGGUGCCCCUAUGACACUAGGAGAAGCGCAGUCUCAGCUCAAGGCAUCUCCCCUGGGGAAUCGAAUCACAUUCAAGCAGACAACAGUGGAAGAAUUCUGCCAAACGAAUGAUGAAAUAUACGACUGUGCUGUCUUUGCCCGCUGCUUGUGGUAUCUGCCUUCUCCCGACAUACUCUUGUCUAUGCUACGCUCCCUUCGUGGGCGGGUGCGUCGAGUUCUCAUUGCGGAGUUCUUGCUCGAUCUUCAGGGUGACAUUGCGGUUUUACCACAUAUGCUAGCCGUGAUUUCCCUGGCAGAUAUUAAUAUCGGUCAACCCUCCGAUCCAUGGACUAGUAACGACAACGUUCAAUCAAUCUGUUCGCCUAAGAUGAUCCGCGAAAUGGGUAGAGAAACAGGCUGGGAAUUAGAAACGGAGAGCAUAAUUGAGGCAGCAGAAGGACUUGAAGACGGGAGGUGGGAAGUGGGCCAUGUUCUCUCCGAGAGUUACGCUGCCAGGGUCGAGUCUCUGACUCCAGAACCACGUCGUGUGUAUGCGAAGAUGCUGCUUGAUGCUGUUAAGCAGAGCACUGCAACUCAGCCAUUAGCUGCCGUGAGGGCAUUGCCCACAUGGUUCAGUUCAUGGAAGCCGAGUUCUUGA